GCUAAUGUGAAUGUGAAUGUGAACAUUGAAAUUGGCGCGGGCCAAGAAUUUCAAACGCUUCUCACCGCCAUCCCACCUUUCCCAUCCACCGCGCUUGGACAGCCUGACCGCUACGCCCCAAACAUCUUCUCCUCAAGGUGUGUGACUGUGAGUUCAACACACUUCGACCGCUCCUCUUCUCUCCCCACACCAACAUUGGCUCCGCACGAGUGUUGAUCACCACACCACUGGCUCCAUGAGUGCGUUCAAACGAUCGCGGUCCAAGUCCGCGUCGCCAAUCGACCAACAUCGUCCAGACAAGAUGAUGGCUAGAUCUCGCGCGUCAAAUGCUGCUGAUCACACUGGUCUCGACGAUGCUACCGCCACGUUGCAUGAAAUGGAAAGCGCUUCAGAUCAAACGACAUCAUCAGCCAAGCAGCAGGACAAGCAGGUGGCCGGUGACGCAACACAAAGUGUCAAUGCAAAUGUCCUGGCCCACGCAUCCUGCUCGGGUCGCAAACUCGACACCAAAUCGGGGUCAAGGCUACUCAACCUGCCACCAGAGAUCAUCGAGCAGAUCGCAUACCAGUGCGCAGUGACGCAGGACGAUGCGGCGCAGGUCAACGUACCGCAAGACGUAGCUGGCGGAGAUGCGCUGGUCCAGAUCGACACUAGCGCCGCUUCCUUGCCCUGGCACGCCGAACAUCACCCAUCAGCUACGCCACCUAGCCACCUGCUGGCCUUUCUGCUGACUUGUCGACAGGUCUACACACUGCUCAACCCUCGGGCUGCUCCACACCUGUAUGCUCGCAUCUUUCGAAAUCGCUUCGACGUCGCAGCCAUCGAGCGCAGAUUUGGACCAAAAGCCAUCGCAGCGCGCAAUCUCUGUGCCGAGCUGCAAAAGAGGUGCAGAAUAUUGAAGCGCAUCAGAGCAGCUGUGCUCGUAAAUCAGCUCAAGCCGGUCGACCUACCACCUUUGAUUGCGGAAGAGGAGAUGACGGAGAACCUUUGGUUAGCGUACAUGAUGCUCGUAGAGAAUGAUGGGCUCAACAUGGCCAGGCUCAAGUGGGCACUGUUGGACGGCUACCUCCGCUUGCACGACAAGCAGAUCAUGCUCGAAGCACCAACCGAGCCGGUGUACCCUCCGGACACUUUGGACAGGUCUUUGGCCUUGCAUGUAGCCUUUCUCUUCACCGACCCGCUCGACUUGGCCAAGGAAUCCCGCGGCGUCAGCGACACCAAGCUCUUCGUAUUAAGGCCUUUCGUCUUUGCUGCACAUAAAUUCGAUUCUUACGUCGCUCCUUGGACCGUCAGGCGACUUCCAUUGGCUUCUCAGGACGACCCUGCUCAGUCAGCUGCGGCGGCAGCCAACGCUUCACCGCCGCCCAAUCCAUUCCUCGCUGACCUGAUUCCCAGGUCGAGGGAGACGGAAAUCACACAUUGCGGCAUCAGAAUGAAGCUGUUUCCACCCAUCCUCUCGCACGCGGCCUGCUUCACUUUCUUUGCCAAGGUGGAGCGCGACCCGGCAGUCAUUGGAUUGACUCCGAUCCAGGACCUGCACAACCCAUCAGCUGCGCGCGAAGACGUGCGAGCGAACAGGAAUCCGCUUGCCUUCAGGUCCAUCGAUCACGACACAGACGUCUCCCGCCUGCUGGCUUGCUCCAACCCUUUUUCUGCCCCAGGCCUCAAGCCUCUUGCCCAUGCUGGUCUCUUUGAAGGCGCUUGGGAGGGCCGCUUCUGCUUCUUCGACUUCGACUCGUACCGCGAGAUGCUUGCUGGUCGCAUGCGAAGCCUAUAUGAGGGACCAUUCGGGGAGCAGCCGCAAGUCUGGAGGAUCCGCGAACAUAUUGUGCGAGUAGGAUCAGGCGUCCGCAAGAUCGGAGGGGAAGGCAGUGUUCUGAAUGCCGGCUAUCUGAAUGGGGAGCCAGAGCCAGAUACCGUUCCUUCUGUGCCCUACUCUGAAGCUGUUGCUACCAUCAACCCGAGCAGGCCUGCUUACAACGGCGCGAGUCGCAACAAUCGCUUCAACAUCGAAACGGACAGUCGAACAGGGCAGAUUACGAAUGCAGGCGACUACGCUGAGCUUGCGAAGCGCGGAUUCGGUUCACUGGAAGAUGCGCAGAUGUAUCCCUCGUUCGGCGAUGAUGAACGCUGCCCGCCGGGCGAUCCAGAGGCGUACGAGAUUCUUUUGAGUGGCACUGGUCACUCGGCAUGGGGUCGCUUCAUUUUGCGUGGUCGCAUCAGAAGUUGGGACGGCAUGAUGAUCAUGACCAAGGAGUAUCGCCCAGACGGUCGAGGGCGAUGGCUGUAUCGAGGCUAUGCCGUCGCUGGUGGCCGCCUGGUGGGCAGGUGGCGAGACACAUUCACGCCCGAGAAUAUGAGCGGCUACGAAGGAUGCUUCCUGUUGAGCAGGCGCGAUUCGGCAGCGUGAUGCUGUUGAUUUGCGACGCCUCGCCAUGCGCCAGUCGCUUUGUAUGCCGCCUGCCCAGCCCUUUCUAUACACCCUCAUGCUCGCGUCAUCUGUCACCAUUCCCCACAUUGCAUACCUCGCCAUCACGCUUCUGAUAUCUAUCCGCACGCACUCGCAACAGCUUUGGAAAUUGCGCCAUGAG